AGGUUCAGGUUGCUGCUGCUGCUGCUUUAACGGGUAAUAUUCACGGUUAACGGCCCGUUUAACGUUUAGAGCACCGGGAUAGCGGCACACGACAUGAAGACGGCCGGAAGUGUGUCUCCGUUAGCAGAUUCAGCUUCACCAUCCACCGCUCGUUAGCUUGCGGAAGCAUCAACAACAGCAACAGCGGCAGCGGCCCUGUCAAUAGCAGCUGGCGUGAUGGGGAACCAGCUGGCGGGCAUCGCCCCCUCUCAGAUCCUGUCCGUGGACAGCUACUUCUCUGACAUCCAGGACCACGAGUACGACAAGAGCCUGGGCAGCACGCGCUUCUUCAAGGUGGCCCGGGCCACGCACCGGGAGGGCCUGGUGGUGGUGAAGGUGUUCGCCAUCCAGGACCCCUCGCUGCCUCUGACCAGCUACAAGCAGGAGCUGGAGGAGCUGAAGAUCCGGCUGCACUCCUGCCAGAACUGCUUGCCCUUCCAGAAGACCUCGCUGACGGAGAAAGCGGCCAUCUUGUUCCGGCAGUACGUGCGGGACAACCUGUACGACCGCAUCAGCACGCGGCCCUUCCUCAACAACGUGGAGAAGCGCUGGCUGGCCUUCCAGAUCCUCAACGCCGUGGAGCAGGCGCACAGAGCCGGCGUGCGGCACGGCGACAUCAAGACGGAGAACGUCAUGGUGACCAGCUGGAACUGGGUGCUGCUCACCGACUUCGCCAGCUUCAAGCCCACCUUCCUGCCCGAGGACAACCCCGCCGACUUCAACUACUUCUUCGACACCUCCAGGCGCCGGACGUGCUACAUCGCCCCCGAGAGGUUCGUGGACGGCAGCAUGUUCGCCACCGAGAACGACCAGAACACGCCGCUGGUGGACCUGAGCCACGGCAGCCAGAGGAGCCGAGGGGAGCUCCGGCCGGCCAUGGACAUCUUCUCCGCCGGCUGUGUGAUCGCCGAGCUCUUCACCGAGGGCGUGCCGCUCUUCGACCUGUCCCAGCUGCUGGCCUAUCGGAACGGACACUUCCAGACGGAGCACGUCCUGCUGAAGAUCGAGGACCGGAGCAUCCGAGACCUGGUGGCCCACAUGGUGCAGCGGGAGCCCGGGCGCCGGCUGCAGGCGGAGGCGUACCUGCAGCAGCAGCGGGGGAAGGCCUUCCCGGACAUCUUCUACACCUUCCUGCAGCCCUACAUGGCUCAGUUCGCCAAGGACGCCUUCCAGUCCGCGGACGAGCGCGUGCUGGUGAUCCGGAAGGACCUGGACAACAUCCUGCUGAACCUGCACGGCGGCGAGCAGCGCCCGCCCGGACCCGCCGGGUCCCCGCUCGGCGCCGACGGCCCUCUGCCCGCGCCGAGCCCCCGGGAGGAGCGGGGCCUCACGGUGCUGGUGUCCGUCAUCACUUCCUGUCUGCAGUCUCUGCAGUCCUGCGACUCCAAGCUGGCGGCCUUGGAGCUGGUCCUGCAGCUGGCCCCGCGGCUGGCCGUGGCCGUGCUGCUGGACCGCAUCGCGCCCUACCUGCUGCACUUCUGCAGCGACCCCGUGCCGCGCGUGCGCGCUCAGGCCGUGCGCACGCUGGCCCGCGUGCUGGCGCUGGUGAAGGAGGUGCCGAGGAACGACGUGAACAUCUACCCCGAGUACAUCCUGCCGGGCAUCGCCCACCUGGCCCAGGACCACGCCACCGUGGUCCGGCUGGCGUACGCAGAGAACAUCGCUCACCUGGCGGAGAGCGCGCUGCGGUUCCUGGAGCUGGUCCAGGAGAACAACGUGAACGCGGAGAGCGAGCCGAGCGGAGAGGACCCGGAGGAGGCGCUGCACCAGAAGGCCAACGACUCACUGCUGUCCGCACGCGGUGACCUUGACCUCAACGACAAGCACGACUGGCACCUCCGGGGGGCCUUCUUCGACAGCAUCGUGGGCGUGGCGGCCUACGUGGGCUGGCAGAGCUCCUCCCUCCUGAAGCCCCUCCUCCAGCAGGGCCUGAGUGACACGGAGGAGUUUGUGAUCUACAAAGCUCUGAACGCUCUGACCUGCAUGUGUCAGCUGGGGCUGCUGCAGAGAGCCCACGUGUACGAGUUCGUCUGCGACAUCGGUGAGAGUCUGUCUCUGUCCUCUUCCACCUGUCCUCUUCCACCUGUCCUCUUCCACCUGUCCUCUACCACCUGUCCUCUACCACCUGUCCCCCUCACCUGUCCCCCUCAGAUCGAUAAGGAGCUGGUCCUCCUCAGCGUGCUGAAGGAGCCGGUCAGUCGCUCCAUCUUCGACUACGCUCUGCGCUCCAGAGACAUCGGCAGCCUCUUCCGCCACCUGCUGCUCCGGCAGAAGAAGCGCGGAGGUUUGAUUCCCGAAUGCCCGACACCCGAAGACCCGUCCAUCGGCCAGCUGCUGAAGAAGCUGCUCUCACAGGGCAUGACGGAGGCGGAGGAAGACCAGCUGCUGGCACUCAAAGACUUCAUGCUGAAGUCCAACAAGGCCAAAGCCAACAUGGGGGAGCAGAGCCAGCUGGGGGAGGCGGCUCACACCGGCGUCAUCGACCUGGCCACACUCGGCAUCACCGGCCGCCAGGUGGAUCUGGUGAAAGGAAAGGCUGAGCCCGAGGACAAGAGAGCGAGAAAGCACCCGAAGCAGCACGACGCCGCCAUGAACGAGGAGUGGAAGAGCAUGUUCGGCUCCCAGGAGCCGCCCUGCGCCCUGCUGCCCUGCACGGUGGCUGACGGUCCGGCGGGUCCAGCGGGUCCAGCGGGUCCGGCGGGUCCGGUCCUGCAGGAGGCCACCGGCUCCUCCUACCAGCGCCGCACCAACACUUGCCGGGUGGAGCUGCAGCAGCUGGUGCAGCAGAAGAGGGAGCAGUGCAGCGCCGAGCGGGUCGCCAAGCACAUGAUGGAGAGCGCCGAGUGGGAGAGCCGGCCGCCGCCCCCAGGGUGGCACCCUAAGGGGCUGCUGGUCGCUCACCUCCACGAGCACAAAGCUGCUGUGAACCGCAUCAGAGUCUCAGACGAGCACUCCAUCUUCUCCACGGCAUCGAACGACGGCACCGUGAAGGUCUGGGACAGCCAGAAGAUGGAGGGCAAGACCACGACCACCAGGUCAGUGUUGACCUACUCCCGUAUCGGCGGCCACGUGAAGACCUUGACCUUCUGCCAGGGGUCGCACUACCUGGCGGUGGCCUCGGACAGCGGGUCCAUCCAGCUGCUGGCGGUGGAGGCCCACAAGCCGCCCAAGUCCCCCAAAGUCCAGCCCUUCCAGACCAGGUCUCUGGACCUGCAGAAGGACGGCUGUGCGGUGGACAUCCACCAUUUUAACUCUGGCGCCCAGUCGGUGCUGGCCUACGCCACCGUCAACGGCUCGCUGGUGGGCUGGGACCUCCGCGCCAACGCCAACGCCUGGACGCUGCGCCACGACCUGCGCCUGGGACUCAUCACCUCCUUCAGCGUGGACAUUCACCAGUGCUGGCUCUGCCUAGGGACGAGCAGCGGCACCAUGGCCUGCUGGGAUAUGCGGUUCCAGCUCCCCAUCUCUAACCACUCCCACCCGGCCCGAGCACGAAUCAGACGACUGCUGAUGCAUCCGCUCUACCAAUCAUCUGUCAUCGCAGCGGUCCAGGGGAACAAUGAAGUGUCCAUGUGGGACAUGGAGACCGGAGAUCGUAAAUUCACCCUCUGGGCGAGCUCUGCCCCCCCGCUCUCUGAGAUGCAGCCGUCUCCUCACAGUGUUCAUGGGGUCUACUGUAGUCCUGCUGAUGGGAACCCUCUGCUGCUGACCGCUGGGUCUGACAUGAGGAUCAGGUUCUGGGACUUGGCGUACCCGGAGAGGUCCUACAUCGUGGUGGGAGGAGCCAACGACUCGCUGCACUGUCCGUCCGUUCUCUACAGCCGCAAGAUCAUCGAGGGAACCGAAGUGGUCCAGGAGAUCCACAGCAAACAGAAGAGCGGCGCGGUGGAGGACUCUCCCCGCCGCGGGCCGGAGUCCCUCCCUGUGGGACACCAUGACAUCAUCACCGACAUCGCCACCUUCCAGACCACGCAGGGCUUCAUCGUCACCUCAUCCAGAGACGGCAUCGUCAAAGUGUGGAAGUGAGGCCUCCUCCCAUUGGCUGCUGGCGGGGUCACAUGUUGCUUCACUUCCUGCCUCAGCAGUGCUGGGUUAACCCUAACUUCAGUGUGUUAGGGUUAACCCUAACUUCAGUGUGUUAGGGUUAACCCUAACUUCAGUGUGUUAGGGUUAACCCUAACUUCAGUGUGUUAGGGUUAACCCUAACUUCAGUGUUAGGGUUAACCCUAACACACUGAAGUCGCCGUCCCUGUCCAUUAACCCCGUGAGUGAACUUCUCUCAGAGGUUUUGAGAGACAUUGAGAGGACACAGGAGUUCUGUUUAUGAUCACAUUAAAAUGGCUUUAUUCAAACUCAG